GGCAUCAUUGAGUAAUAGACCCCUUACACUUUGUCAGUUCAAAGACUCAUUCAGUACCUGCGAAGCCUCGGUCAACUUUUCCCCAAAUAGUAUGCGUGCUCAGCUUUGGUUCGUGUUUAUCUCGUCCCUUGUAAUUCUCCCGCCAAAAGGAGCCACUGCUGCCACUCAUUCCCCCGCUAGAUUAGCGACUCCAACCGGAUCUUUGGAUACACGAGAGGCUUGCAAAUUCGACUUUGAAAAUGGGCUCGAUGACUGGGAAAAGACUGGUACAGCCUUCAAUAACCAGCCGACCUACGGUGACAACCCUACAGCCCGGAAUCGGGGACAACCUGCCAAACAGAAAGGGGACUGGUGGAUUGGAGGAGCUGAGAACAGACCAUCGAAUGCGUCACAGGCGGGACUAAUGCAAGGAGACAGUCCACAGGGAACCAUCACUUCGCCUCCCUUUGAAAUCACAGGCAAUAACAUUUCAUUUCUUAUCGGUGGAGGCUGUGAUAUAAACUCUGUUCGUGCUGAAUUGAUAGUCAAUAAUAAGGUUGUCCGUAAAGAGACCGGCAAAUGCCAUGAGACAAUGACUCGUCAAUUCUGGUUUGUUGAGGAUUUCAUCGGUCAACAUGCCCAACUCAAAUUGGUUGACUUCAGUUCUGGUGGAUGGGGUCACAUCAACUUUGACGAUCUGAAAGGUGACAUAACCUGCUUAAAAGUGAAAAAUUUUGCGAGCUGCAAGUUUGAUUUCGAAAAUGGUAUCGAUGGCUGGCAAAGGACUGGCUCAGCGUUCAAUAACCAGCCAACAUACGGUGACAAUCCCACAGCUCGUGGAAGAGGACAGCCAGCCAAUCAGCAAGGGAACUGGUGGAUUGGAGGAUACGAGGACCGACCAUCGAGGUGGGCAACAGAGGGACAAGUUCAGAAAGACACACCACAAGGAACUCUUACUUCUCCACCCUUCGACAUACAGGGAAAUUACAUUUCAUUCUUAAUUGGAGGAGGCUGUGAUAUAAACACGGUUUAUGCUGAGUUGAUCGUCAAUCACAAGGUUGUCCGGAAAACAACAGGGAAAUGCCAUGAAACGAUGACUCGUCAAUUUUGGUAUGUUGGACAUUUUAUUGGUCAACGUGCUCAACUCAAAUUGGUUGACUUCAAUUCUGGUGGAUGGGGUCACAUCAACUUUGACGAUCUGAAAGGCGACAUAGCCUGCUCAAACGUGGAAAAUACUGGAUUCAAUGAGCGAGGCCUUAUGACUCAUACCAUUAACACUGGUAUCUCCAAAGUAGAAAGCUGCGUGUUCGACUUUGAAGAAGGUAUUGACGGCUGGCAUAGGACUGGUUUAGCGUUUGACAACCAGCCGACAUACGGUGACAACCCGACAGCUCGUAGGAGAGGACAGCCUGCCAAUCAACAAGGGGAAUGGUGGAUUGGAGGAUGUGAGGGACGGCCUUCAAAAUGGGCUCCUGCAGGACGCACACAGGGAGACGGACCACAAGGGACUCUUACGACUCCAUCGUUUAUUAUCGGGGGAAAAUACGUCUCAUUUUUGAUUGGUGGAGGUUGUGACAUCAACUCCGUUCGUGCCGAACUGAUUAUUGAUCAUAAGGUUGUCAGAAAAUCAACCGGAAAAUGCCACGAGACAAUGACUCGCAAUUUCUGGGAAGUUGGAGAUUUCAUCGGCCGAACUGCGCAAGUCAAACUGGUGGACUUUAGCUCUGGCGGAUGGGGUCACAUCAAUUUUGAUGAUCUGAGAGGCGAUAUAACCUGUUCAGCCCCUGAAAACAAUGAUAUCUUUGGCAAAUCCUUCUGUAAGUUCGACUUUGAAGAUGGACUGGAUGGCUGGGUUAGGACUGGCACAGUAUUUGACAACCAACCGACCUACGGUGAUAACCCAACAGUUCGAAACCGAGGACAACCUGCCAAUCAACAUGGAGACUGGUGGAUUGGAGGAUACGAGGACCGACCAUCAAAGUGGGCGACAGCAGGCCGAGUCCAGUUGGAUGAACCACAGGGAACCCUCACGUCCCCACCCUUCGACAUACAAGGAGAUUAUAUUUCAUUCCUGAUUGGUGGAGGCUGCGAUAUAAACACUGUUCGUGCUGAGUUGAUAGUCGAUGAAAGAGUUGUCAGGAAUGCAACUGGUAAUUGCCAUGAGACAAUGACACGAAAAUCCUGGUUUGUGGGAGAUCUUUUCCAUCAUCUUGCGCAAGUGCGUCUGGUGGAUUUCAGCUCUGGAGGUUGGGGUCACAUCAACUUUGACGAUAUGAAGGGCAACAUAAUUUGCACGGGCUCUAACGAUGACACUGAUCAUUUUGCUUAAGUUUUCGAUCGGGAAAAAAGCAGUCUGAGUAUUUCAUAGAAUCGCAUAAUUAAAUAAAAUCAUACAUUCUGAUUGGUUAAAGAAGCGAGGUGUUUAGCGUGGAAUUGCGAGUUGAAAACGAGGCUGAGUGAUUUUGUUUCACAUCUUUCGUUUGGCGCUCAGGAUAAAAAUGUUGUGGGCUUUUACCACUCGCUUGGACAAAUUAAUAAAAAAAGGUACCAAGACUGUA